UCGCUUUCAAAAUUCAAAUUUUUUUGAGGCCCCUUUACAGCAUCCGGCCCGACUGUCCUCAUCCGCGUCACCCGGCUCAGCGGCCCCACAAGCGGCUCCGGAUUCUCCGACCUAUCAAUUCCUUUUUUUUGAGAUGUAGCCUGAUAGUGAUGAAUGAGAAUGCGAAUGAAGGUAUGUAGCUUGUCGCGGUGAUAGCUAGUGUAAAGUAGAUAGCAUUUGAGACGUUUUGUGACAGAUGUCGGCAGCAGGUAGACACUCAUCAGCGACAGGAGCCUCCCAGCAAUGCCAUCCGGUCUGGGCACCAGUCCGAAGCGCCGCGGCUAGUGAUCGACCACGCCCAGACUCGACAACAGUUCUCCCACUGGUUCCGGUGAAACGCCCGCCAUCUCUUCGGGACUCAAUAUUCGGCGUCGAAUGUCGUUGCGAGGUGCAGCUUGUCAAGGGAGAAAUUGGCGGCGUAGAGGCUCUAUGCUUUGCAAAAAUAUCGCACUGUUAUAAAUUGCGACACAAUAUUAAAUUUUUCAAGGAGACAGCCGGGAUUUGUGAUGCGUAGUACGUUAGGACAACAGAUCUGUAGACGCAUGGCUGCAAUUUAUGUUGGUGUGAUACUUUUGCAAUGGAUAGGCUCCCCGAGAAUGUGCCCCACUCCUUCGAAAUAUUCAAGAGACUCCGCUGUAGGUUCCGGAUCCUUCGUCAUCCCAUGAAAAACGAAUCACCCCCUGCCAAAUUUGUAUUGCUCUUUCGUCUUAGUUAUGCAUGACAAAUUCACACACCGAGCCGAAACUGCAUUACAAAUCUUCGCAAGACCGCGGCACUUUUGCGCAGUUAGAUAUACCAAAAAACUUGUCACGCGCGAUAUGUGCAGCCUGUAACGCAGGGACCAUUUUUAGCCCAGGAUGAUAGGGAGUCGCAGCUCCCCGGCAUGCAUGACAAAUUCAGCAUGGCAAUCUGCGCCAUGCCACGAAAUCAGCAAUACAAAUUUGGUCAACAGGGGUGACGUUUUUCCGUGCAUAUCUGCAGGUCGGACAGCUUGCCACUCCCAUGGUUCUCCGCGUGGUCAUUCCCUUGCUCGUCCUCAUCCAUUCCUGCGCUUGCUGCAAAUGGGUUCUCCGGACCGUCGUAGCCGUGUCGGGCGGAGCAGCAUAAAGACCGUCGACCCCCGGCGGCUCGACGUCCUCGUUAGGUGGAAGCGUCUCGGGGUCGACCUCUUCGGGGUGGACGGCCAGCAGCUGCACGACGUCGCCAAACUGUGGAUAUCCUAUCGUAUGGAAAAACGAACCCACAAUGUGGCUGCAUCGCAAUUGCCAAAAUAUGAAGCCUUGCAUGACAAAAUCGCGACCGCGUCGAAUUUCCUGCAUUUUUACAAAUCCUCUAUAUUGCGUGACAAACUCCCUACCUUGCAUGACACAUCCACUCAAUUCGCCAUGCUCAAGCUGCGACGCUAAUGCCCAUGCACAAGGCUGCGACGUGAAUUCCCACUGUGGGCGCGUUUUUUGUCCCGGAUAGCGGCCAGCUCAUGCAAACACGCCAACAGAAGCCCGGAACUUUUGGGAAACCACCCUACUACCAUCUGCGCGCCGAGCCACCGCAUUCGGGCGAUGCUCGCUAUCUUUGUACCAGGAAAAGAGUUUUGCAACAUUUUGAUAACCUGAGUCGACAUGGCCAAACCUUGACCACCAGAAGGACCAAAACCGUGGCCAUUUGCGUCGGUCAUCUGAAGGGCUUUGGCCGCACAUAGGAAGGGGCAUAAAAAUCGAGUGAGUACCUUUUUCCGCUCCUGUAAAAAAGGUAUUCGCGAUUUUUGGGUGCCAAAAAAAGGUAUUCAAGGGGGGGGCAUAAAGGAGGGUCAAGGGCACGCCUUGAGCGAGGAUUAUUCGGGCUCCCGGGAGGCCGAAAUAAUCAUUGCCACGGACCCAACAGCUCUGCGCCCAAGCCUAGUGAAAAGAUGCCGCCUAAGUGGUAAAUGCUUUGGCCCGGCAUCUCGGCGGUUUGGCAGCCCACAUCGCGGUCAUGUCUGUCUUCGUAUUUGAAAGGCCUGCGUGUCGCCUUCGUGGCUGCCAGGCGGUUGGCCGCGCGAGCCAGCCCGCCGCGCAAGCGCUUGCGACUUAUUUCCCCCCCGGCGAAAGGCCGCAGGCCUUGAGCGACUUGCGACCGCUUGCGGCACUUGUUGGCGUGCCGGCUGCCCCUCUGGCGCAUGCAAAAAAACGGCGCCACCGCUAGCCCAUGCGCGCCCGACCCGGAACUGCGCAUCUCGCAGUCGGACCUGCCCGCCGAGGGGCGAGCGAAUGCGGCCUCUACUCGGAGCAACCAUUGCCAAAGGCGAACGCCUUGCGGAAAAGCGCAUCGCCCGCGGUUGCUCAAGGCAUGCAGCGGGCCCCGUCGGCUCCGCAAUCUGUUUGGCCAAGUUUGCGCCCAUUUCAUUUGGUGGGGCUCCCGACUUACAUGGCGGGCCGGGGAGAGGGACGGUCGCAGGCGCUUUCCCCCGUUUUCCCAGGCGGGGCAACGGCCGCGCUAGCGCUUUUUGGGUGGGUGCGGCGCGUUGGGGGUAGUGCGAAAGCAUGCCAACACUGCCGCCACAGGUGAUAAGAAAAACUAUCCGCUCGCGCGCCCGCGGGAGCGCCACUCUGUCGCGUCUUUUAUCUUGGGGCGCCAGAACCCCAAAUGAGGAAAGCCCCUGCGCCUAGUAGGGGGUCUUCCCGCGCCCCCCCUUCGCCGCGCCAUCUCUGGCAAAUCCGCCCGGGCAGAAAUUGUCUGGCGGACCCGGGCACAUUCUUCGGCCAUGCGUGAUGCGCCAAAGCCGCGCGGGGCUUGGAAAUUUGGCGCCAGAUUUCCCAAAAAAGGCCCUGCGCUGUGGUGGGCCGUGAGGGGCGAACUCUAGCCGGCCGACAUAGCGGCCAACUUAGCGGCCAGCCGCUUUCGUCUCAGAAGCGGGCCACUAUGAAGCGCCCCGGCCGUAUGGGUGUUUUGCGCCAAAAAAUGCGCGCAAACCAAGGCCGGCCGUGGCCUUGCAGCUUUUUCAAGUCUUUGACACGUGCCCGAGCCGGUUCAACUGUUUUCCUGGGCCCAGACCAAAGGUGUUCAAAAUUGGGCGGACACACCGCAACAACCCGAGGCAGGUGAAAGAGCGUCGCUUUUUUGUAUGAGCGCCAGCUGCCACUAGUCUCCACCGUUCAUCUCAGGCCGCAACUAUCUUCUGCCAGAGUUUGUCCUUCUUCAUUUCUGUUGCGGGGCUUGGUGUUUGGAGUGGUGCCCAACAUGCCACUCACGACGAUACGCAGCUCCGGGGCGUCGGCGCCGGCAACAAUGGACUAUGCAAAAAAACGUCUUCAAAUGCGAGCUCAAAUUUACCCUACCUAUCACCGCGACAAGCUAGCUAGAUAA